CGGAUCCCGACGAGAUUCCCGAGUUCCAUGCAGAAACUAGAGUAAUGUCAACAACCUUCCUAACAACAAAGGGCUUGGAUAGCCUUUGGUCAGUUCUGCAGCUACAGGAAUAGUCCUAUGAAUUGAAAGGUGUUUGGAGAUGCACAAGAUUCCUCCGACCUAUCUGGAAUUUCCUUACAGGACAGACGAAGGAUGCAGAAACAACCGUUAGCAAGUGAGGGAACUGGAAAAGGUCCCUCUGCUGUUGAGCCUGGCAGCUGUGGGAAGAUCUGGGCAAAAACUGAGCAGAGGUUCCUGGAGGAGAAAACCAUCAUUCGUUCAGAGAUUCAGCCCUGCAACUUCAGAAACAUCCAAUAUGAGGAGAUUGACGGUCCCCAAGGACUUUGCAGCCAACUCCACAACUUUUAUAGUCAAUGGCUGAGACCAGAAAAGCACACCAAAGCCCAGAUGUUGGACCUAGUAGUUCUGGAGCAGCUCCUGGCUCUUCUGCCCCCACAGGUGGAAAACUGGUUGCAGGAGUGUGGAGCAGAGACCAGCUGCCAAGCAGUGGCCCUGGCGGAAGGCUUCCUCAUGAGUCAGGCAGAGGAGCAGGUCGAAUUGCAGUACUUCACUCUGGAGACAGAUCCUAUGAGAAUCAGGAAUCCAUCAAAUCUCCCUCGGGAGCUGUUUUCCAGGAAGAUCUACCAGGAAUCUGCAACUCAGGACAUCUCAGAUGGGAAGAAUAGAACGAAUUUGACUCCUUUUUAUGGUGGUACUGAAAGAGUAGUUGAAGCUCCAACUAAAGAGGGUCUUGUGUCCUUUAAGGAGGUGGCUGUGUAUUUCUCCAAGGAGGAGUGGUCUCAGCUGGAUGCCGACCAAAAAGCACUGCAUCGGGAAGUCAUGCUGGAAAAUCAUAGGAACGUGGCCUCUUUGGGUAAUGGGGAGGAAUAUGAAGAUUCCUGGGAACUAUUCCAAAUGAUCACUCGUGGGUACAAUACGAAGAACCCUGCAGUUCUAAUGGAAGAAGAAAGCCAUGAGAGAAACCAGUCAAAUAAUUCCAAUCGGGAAAAUUCAUCUUCUAUUCAUGCACCAACUAAAGCCCCUGUGGCCCAACAGGGAAAAAUAAAAAACAAAUCUAUUGGAAAACAUAUAAAGCUAUUCAUAAACAAACUGGAUGUAAAUAAAUACUAUCAAACUCAAACCAAAGGAGAAGAUUAUAUAUGUAAAGACAAUGGAAAAAAUUACAAACGGGUCUUGUCUCUUCCUCAUAAAAAUGGGUCCCGUACAUCUCAAAAAAGGACCCACGCAGGAGAAAAGCCCUAUAAAUGCAUGGAGUGUGGAAAGAACUUCACUUCUAGUACUGCUCUUACUUCGCAUUACUGGAUCCAUAGAGGAGCGAAGCCAUAUAAAUGUAUGGAUUGUGGAAAGACCUUUAUUCAUAGAACUCAUCUUAGUUUACAUACAAGGACCCACACAGGAGAGAACUAUCUUACUUCCCAUAAAAGGAUACAUGCAGGAGAGAAGCCUUAUAAAUGCACGGAGUGCGGAAAGAGCUUCGCUUGUAGUAAUUCUCUUACUUCGCAUUACCGGAUCCAUACACCGGAGAAACCAUAUAAAUGUAUGGAGUGUGGAAAGACCUUUAUUCAUAGAACUCAUCUUAGUUUACAUACAAGGACCCCCACAGGAGAGAAGCCCUAUAAAUGCAUUCACUUUAGUCGCAGCAACAGUCUUGGUUCCCAUAAAAGGAUCCACAUGGGGGAAAUGCCUUAUAAAUGCAUGGGGUGUGGAAAGAGCUUUAUUUUUAGAAGUCAUCUUAGGUCACAUGCAAGGAUCCGCGCAGGAGGUAAGCCCCAUAAAUGCAUGGAGUGUGGAAAGAGCUUCCCUUGUAGUAAUUCUCUUACUUCGCAUUACCGGAUCCAUAGAGUGGAGAAGCCUUAUAAAUGCAAUGAGUGUGGAAAGAGCUUCACUGUUAGUACUUCUCUUACUUUGCAUUCCCAGAUCCAUACAGGCGAGAAGCCAUAUAAAUGCACUGAAUGUGGAAAGACCUUUAUUCAGAGCAGCAGUCUUACUUCCCAUACAAGGAUCCACACAGGAGAGAAAUCUUAUCUUACUUCGCAUUCCCGGAUUCAUACAGCGGAGAAGCCCUAUAAAUGCAUGGAGUGUGGAAAGAGCUUCUUGCAUGAGUGUGGAAAGAGCUUCUGUGAAAAUUCUUCUCUUACUAUUCAUAAACGAAUCCACACAGGAGAGAAUAGGAUACAUACAGGAGAGAAGCCUUAUAAAUGCAUGGAAUGUGGAAAAUGCUUUUCUCUCUCUGGUAACCUUAGCCACCAUAAAAGGACCCACACAGGGGAGAAGCCGUAUAAAUGUAUGGUGUGUGGAAAAGGUUUUAUUACAAACAGCAAUCUUAACUCUCAUAAAAGGACCCAUAGAGUGCUGAGACCAGAAAAGCACACCAAAGCUCAGAUGUUGGACCUAGUAAUUCUGGAGCAGCUCCUGGCUCUUCUGCCCCCUCUGAUGGCAAACUGGCUGCGGGAAUGUAGAGCAGAGACCAGCUCCCAAGCGGUGGCCCUGGCGGAAGGCUUCCUCAUAAGUCAGGCAGAGGAGCAGAAGGAGCAAGUCGAAUUUCAGACCAGAGAUCCUAUGAGAAUCGGGAAUCCAUCAAAUUCUCCUCAGGAGCUGUUUUCCAGGAGGAUCUAUCAGGAAUCCACAAGUGAGGACAUCUCAGAUGGGAAGAAUAGAACGAAUCCUACUCCUUUCCAUGGUGCUGCUGAAAGAGUGGUUGAGUCUCCAACUCAAGAGGAUGUUGUGUCCUUUAAGGAGGUGGCUGUGUAUUUCUCCGAAGAGGAGUGGUUUCAGCUGGAUGCUGACCAAAAAGCACUGCAUCGGGAAGUCAUGCUGGAAAAUCAUAGGAACGUGGCCUCUUUGGGUAAGAAUAUGCUACUCCCCAGUCCGAGUGUUUGGGAAGACGUUCUGUGCAGUUCCUUUGACCUCAUGGCUUUUACUCUGCUACAGGUGCAUUGUCAGCAGAAUAGUUAUCUUAACACCCAUAAAAGGAUCCACACAGGGGAGAAGCCGUAUAAAUGUAUGGUGUGUGGAAAAGGUUUUAUUACGAAUAGUUAUCUUAAUCUUCAUAAAAGGACCACACAGUGUUUCUUUUCUUCAACCAUUGAGUUGGAGUACAAGCAGUGGAUUCCUUGUAAUCUGAGGAGCAGUAGAAACAGGGCUUGUGUGUCUUUAUCUAGUGAUAACAGCCAUGAGGGUCUUGUGUCCUUUAAGGAGGUGGCUGUGUAUUUCUCCAAGGAGGAGUGGUCUCUGCUGGAUGCCGACCAAAAAGCAUUGUAUCGGGAAGUCAUGCUGGAAAAUCAUAGGAACGUGGCCUCUUUGAGUAAGAAUAUGCAAGAAAUUUUAUCAGAAGACCUGGUGCAACGCGCCUUCAAGAAAUGUGGCAUUAGUAAUGCUAUGGAUGGCAGUGAAGACAGCGCUUUGUAUGAGAACGACAGCAGUGAUGGUGAUGACUGUGAACUCAGUGAUGAUGACAAUGUCUAUGCUGAUAACCUCACACCAGCUGAAGCUCUGUUUGGACAUACAGAUGAUGAUGAUGAUAACUCCAGUAACAAUGUGGAGGAAUAUGAAGAUUCCUGGGAACUAUUCCAAAUGAUCACUCGUGGAUACAAUACGAAGAACCCUACAAUUCAAAUGGAAGAAGAAAGCCAUGAGAAAAACCAGUCAAAUUGCAAUCAGGAAAGUUCAUCUUCUGUUCAUGCACCAAUGAAAGGCUCUGUGGCCCAGCAAGGAAAAAUAGAAAACAAAUAUAUUGGAAAAUGUAUAAAACUAUUCAUAAAGAAAUUAGAUGUAAAUAAACAUGAUCAAAUCCAAAUCAAAGGAGAAGAUUAUGUAUGUAGAGACAAUGGAAAAAAUUACAAACGGACCUUGUCUCUUCCUCAUAAAAAUGGCUUCCGUACAUCUCAAAAAAGGACCCAUGCAGGAGACAAGCCACAUAAAUGCAUGGAGUGUGGAAAGAACUUUAUUAAGAACAGUCAACUUAUUUACCAUAAAAGGAUCCACAAAGCAGAGAAAACUUAUAAAUGCAUGGAGUGUGGGAAAAGCUUUAGUAAGAACAGUCAACUUACAUGUCACAAAAAGAUCCACAUAGGAGAAAAGCCCUAUAAAUGUACGGAAUGUAGAAAGAGCUUCAGCGAAAAGAGAAAUCUUACUCUCCAUAAAAUGAUCCACACAGGGGAAAGACCUUAUAAAUGCAUGGAGUGUGGAAAGACCUUUAUUCGUAGAAGUCAUCUUAGUUCACAUACAAGGAUCCACACAGGAGAGAAGCCCUAUAAAUGCAUGGACUGUGGAAAGAGCUUUACUUCUUGUAGCUCCCUUACUUUGCAUUACCGGAGCCAUACAGGGAAGAAGCCAUAUAAAUGCAUGGAAUGUGGAAAGACCUUUACUCAGAGCAGCAGUCUUACUUCCCAUAAUAGGAUCCAUACAGGAGAGAAGCCCUAUAAAUGCAUGGAAUGUGGAAAAACCUUUACUCAGAGCAGCAGUCUUACUUCCCAUCAAAGGAUCCACACAGGAGAGAAGCCCUUUAAAUGCAUGGAAUGUGGAAAGACCUUUACUCACAGCACCAGAUUUACUUCCCAUCAAAGGAUCCACACAGGAGAGAAGCCCUUUAAAUGCAUGGAAUGUGGAAAGAACUUUACUGCAGACUGUCAACUUAGAAGUCAUAAGAAGAUUCACACAGAAGAGAAGCCCUAUGAAUGUAUGGCGUGUGGAAAGAGAUUCAGUGAACAGAGAAGACUUACUUUACAUAAAAUGAUCCACACAGGGGAAAGGCCGUAUAAAUGCGUGGAGUGCGGAAAGACUUUUAUUCAGAGAACUAGUCUUAAUUUACAUAAAAGGAUCCACACAGGAGAGAAGCUCUAUAAAUGCACAGAGUGUGGAAAGACCUUUAUUUGUAGAAGUCAUCUUAGUUCACAUACAAGGACCCACACAGGAGAGAAGCCCUAUAAAUGCAUGGAGUGUGGAAAGAGCUUUACUUCUGGUAGUUCCCUUACUUUGCAUUACCGGAUCCAUACAGGGGAGAAGCCAUAUAAAUGCAUGGAAUGUGGAAAGACCUUUACUCAGAGCAGCAGUCUUACUUCCCAUCAAAGGACCCACAAGCGGGAGAUUCAUAAGAAGAACUACACAAAAGAGAAGCCCUAUGAAUGUAUGGCGUGUGGAAAGAGAUUCAGUGAACAGAGAAGACUUACUUUCCAUAAAAUGGUCCACACAGGAGAAAGGCCUUAUAAAUGCGCGGAGUGUGGAAAGACUUAUAUUCAGAGAACUCAUCUUAAUUUACAUAAAAGGAUCCACACAGGAGAGAACCUCUAUAAAUGCAAGGAGUGUGGAAAGAGCUUUUUAUAUAGUAAUGCUCUUACUUCCCAUUACAGGAUCCAUACAGGGGAGAAGCCAUUUAAGUGCACAGAGUGUGGAAAGAGCUUCUAUGAAAAUUCUUCUCUUACUGUUCAUAAACGAAUCCACACAGGAGAGAAGCCCUAUAAAUGCAUGGAAUGUGGAAAGAGCUUCCCUAGCAGCAGUGAACUUGUUUUCCAUAGAAAGAGCCACACAGGGGAAAAACCAUAUACAUGCCUGGAGUGUGGAAAGAGCUUUAUUAAGAACUCCCAACUUAUUUACCAUAGUAGGAUACAUACAGGGGAGAAGCCUUAUAAAUGCAUGGAAUGUGGAAAAUGCUUUUCUCUCUCUGGUAACCUUAACUACCAUAAAAUGAUCCACACAGGGGAGAAGCCUUAUAAAUGUAUGGUGUGCGGAAAAGGUUUUAUGAGGAAGAGUUAUCUUAACUCCCAUGAAAAGACCCACACAGUGACCCACACAGGGGAGAAGCCUUAUGAAUGCAUGGAAUGUGGAAAGAGUUUUUCUUGGAGUAGUAGUCUCUACACCCAUAAAAGAACCCACACAGGGGAGAAGCCUUAUAAAUGCAUUGAAUGUGGAAAGAGUUUUUCUACGAACAGUUAUUUUAACACCCAUAAAAGGACCCACACAGGGGAGACGCCUUAUAAAUGUAUGGUGUGCGGAAAAGGUUUUAUGAGGAACAGUUAUCUUAACUCCCAUGAAAGGACUCACACAGUGUAGAAGUCCUAUAAGUCUGUGAAAUAAGAAAAAAGCUUCAAGAGGACCAGUGGCCGAAUGUUCCAUAUACAUGUGUUUAAAUGUUACAUUAAUUGUUGAAAUAUAUGCAUUUCCUAACUG